UAGUUAGUGUCGUGUAGCGGUAUUUGUUGUCGUCGAGUGCCGCUACACAUGAAAUGGAACCUUUGACUUUAUGAUCUUAUGUUAAGAAUAUUUAGAAGCUUUAGUUUGGUUCUAGAAAAUGGAUAAGAACAUCGAGGGGGAUGACGAGUGUUAGAAGAGAAUGGAGAGUAUGUUAGUAGUUCUGUUUAAUCAGCUUUAUCAGUCGGUAUCGAUUCCGCAAAAAGGCCAGCGAAGUCCCUUCUUAACAGAAGACGUAGUAGUGAAAACUAGUGAUGCAACAGGGAUUGCUCUACACUCUACGCCCUGGUCGAUCAACUUUUUCGUUACAAAGAUUGAUGUAAUUCUACAUCAAUCGAUGAUUCGAUGCUCAGAGCCAAACCAGGUAAACACCCAGUAUAUAGAAAUGCAACAGAAUUCGGUAUCCAAUACAGUUCCUGUCCUUUCGGGGCCAACCGUCAUUACGGUACAACCACAAGGAGAAACCAAACAAGAAAGAAGACCGAUUCCUGUGAAUACAUUGAAUUGGAUAUCGACACCAAGGUCACAGCUGACCGUACUUUCCGGAACUCAUUUCUUAUCUAAUGUGGAACAAUUGGAAAUUCAACAGAUUGUUGACCUCAGCACAUUGCUCGGUAGAUUAAAAAAGAAAUUCCAAUACAGAGUGAAAGUACCAAAAGCUGAAACGUUAUUCCUAGCAAUGGAAACAGAAUCAAAGAAUGAAUCGAGCGGUUGGAGUUGCUCCAGAUUGACUCGCGACGAUUUUCAGUUAAAUAUUGUGGACCAAUGCGGCGAAACCGCGUUCACCAUGGUUAUGAAAUCCAUGUGGACGUUUGCUUUGAAUAAAUCACACAGUAUGUCGGUGCUAAGCCCCAAUUUAAUUGGCACAAUAGGACAACAUUCUCAUAUAAUAGGUUCCAGUUUUACGGUAUACGAUGCAAUAGGGAAGCGACUUUGUAAUAUAUACGGGCCAAAUAUUAGUGAUUGUUGCAUGUAUCAAGAAUCCCAGUUCCAGGUAAUCUCGAUCGAUGGCACUCAUCAAAUUGCAUCCCUUAUGCAUCAGUGGGACAAUAUUCUUCACGAUUAUAUUAUGUUAAUUACAUUUCCUUCAGAUUUGGACAUAAAAUUGAAAACCUUGCUCCUCGCCGCAGCAUUUCUUCUGGUAAAUUCCUUUGUUGCAAAUUAAUGACUUAGGUAAUUAAAGUUUUCGUUUCUUAGAUGUUUGCAAAAUUUCAUCAUAAAUUGUUUUUUUAGGAAUAUCUGUACUUCAAACAACUAAGAA